AAAGAGCAUCAACACACGACUGAAGCUCUCUCGAUCCAGUUUUCGAGAGCGUCUACGCUCGUAGAAACCACCACUCUACACGCUAACUUCGAGGGCAGGGAGUUCUACGAUCCUCAUGCAACAUGGACUCCCGAAGAGGAANGCAAAGUCAAGUUGAAGACCGACAUACGGCUUCUUGCUUGGCUUGCACUUAUGUUCUUCGCCGCACAACUUGAUUCUACGAAUAUGCAAAACGCUCUUGCCGACAAUUUUUUGGAUGAUCUGAAAUUCACCAUGACAGAAUAUGNNGGUACCAUGAUACAUCGCAUCUGCUACUUGGUUGGAGGUCUACCUGGCCAGAUGAUUGCCAUGCGUUAUGGCUACCGAUACCUCUUUCCUGGAUUAAUGUGUGCAUGGGGAGUCGUUGCAUGGAUGCAAAGCGAAGCUGGAUUAUACGUCGCAAGAGGAAUCAUCGGGUUGCUUGAAGGAGCUUUUAGUCCUCUGACAGUGAUGUGCUUGUCGAACUUCUACACUAAUACGGAGCUGGGAUUUCGAGUCGCGAUUUUGAGCUCUGGUGUCAAUUCUAUUCUACCUGCCCUCAGGACCGACACGAACUCAAACUGUCGUCUGGAGAAAGCCUUGGUUCUCGAAGCGAGAGCAAAUAUGCUGACGUUGGAAGUGAUCAUGAUCAACAGACUAAUCAGAGACGACGCAUCCAAAGGUAGAACGGGUACAAAAUCGCACACGAGUAUGCGUGACAUCUGGAACACUAUCAAAGAUCCAGGUGAGUUUUUGUCCCGGUAUGGCGAAUAUCAUACUCACCACUAUCAAANNGGGCUCGUCGGUUUCUGGUUCUGUGCUUCGAUAAUAUACAUACCUAAGAGUCCUGUCAACCAAUACCUCGUACUCAACCUGAGGCAACUCGGCUUUUCGAGAUUUGAGAGCAGCGUCUUAACCAUACCCUCCGACUUUCUUCGCGUUAUUACAGUGCUUACCCUAACACGAAGCAGUGGUCACUUCAAGGAGAAGGCAUUUCACUGUACAAUACCAACGUGUAUAGAAAUACCCCUAUUCGUAACCCUGUUACUCUUGCCUCCGCAUGGCUAUGCUUGGGUCAGAUUUGCAAUCCUUACCCUGAUCGUUGGUGCGCCCAGCUCCCAUCCUAUCAUGGUCUCGUGGAUCAGUUGCAACAGCUUUGAUCCGAAGAAACGCGGUAUAGCUGUUGCUCUGUUUGGGACAAUUCAUGAAAUUGGCAGUGUUGCAGCCGCACAGNAAAAUGACAAGCCUUACUACUAUAUUGGCAACAAGGUUCUCAUAUCGAUCUGUGCAGCAUCUGUCGUGGUUGUCUUGUCACACCGAGAAGUACUCAAAUACCUCAAUCGCAAGAAACGAAAAGCUUGGGAGGAGAUGAGUGAGAUUGAGCAAGGGGAUUACGAUCGAGUCCAGGGACACAAUGUCGGGAGCAAGAGUCUCACUUUUGCAUUCAGCUAU